AAUUCGAUUUGAACCUGAAUUCAACCAUUUAAUGUUUCGUAUAUUUCACUCUAUAAAUGGAUCUCACGAUUUUUAGAAAUAAUCAAGUUCGAUUUGAAUGCAAAUUCAAGCGUUUCAUAUCACACGAAUUUGAUUCAAUUGAUCGUACGAUUUUUAAUAACAAUCGAGAUCUAUUUGAAUGUAAAUUCAAGCGUUUAGUAUCUCAUGAAUUCGACUUAAUCGAUCGUACAAUUUUCAAUGACGAUCGAAUCGAUAUCGCGAAGCAGGACAAGAGAACUUGACGAGGUUGCGACAGCUGCCCCAGCUACGUAGCGAUGAAGACGGGCCAAGCUGAUACUGGGAGAUGUGGGAUCAGCUGCCGGAGCUGAUACUGACGCAGAUAUUCAGUCACCUCGGUCAUGGAGACCGUGCCAAUGUUGCACAAGUCUGUCGGCCAUGGAACCGUGCACUUUCAUCGCCAGUUCUUUGGCGUUCCAUCACAGUCUUCAUCGACCGUGAUCUGCGUGGUGACUUCCCUUUGGCGGGAGAAUUAGCCGCACAAUAUGGACAGCAUAUGCGAAGUUUAGAACUAGCCUGGUCACGACCGUAUCUCUUGCCAAGAGAAGCUCGCAUAACUCGUAAUAUUCAAGCUGAGGCAGGCGCUGACUUUCUUACGAUUGUACGAGCCAAGAACGUCCAAUUGAAGAAACUGAUACUCACCGAUUGGAUCUUCAUUUGUAAAUGGGGAAAUAGAAGCAAACUGUUGUAUGCUCUUGCAAACUUUUUAGGCUGUCAGCACAAUCUGGAAACGCUAAGCCUGCUGAAUGCGACUCUAGGAGUGAGCGACGUGUUGCGACUUCUCGCAAGUGCUUCCAAAGGGUCGACCGAGCAUCUGGCGUAUUUAGAUCUUCGGGGUGCGUUUCGGGAAUGGCAGGCGCCCCAUAGCAAUCCAAGAUAUCUGCGUCUGUUGGGCCGAUUUCGCGCGUUGACGAUACUCAGGCUCGAUUAUCCAGCUCUAUCCGACCAAACUCUAAACGCAUUGACCAAUGCAGCUCCGAGAGUGUUGAAGACAUUGCAUAUAUCAGUGAGAGAUUCGGAUUCCAGACAUCACACGAUCACUGACACAGCCUGGCACAAUUUAGUGCUUGUAUGCCCUGAGCUCACAGUGUCUUAUACUAUAGUUAACAUAUCCCAUUACGAAGAUAUGUGCUACUUCCUGCUGCCCAGUGUGCCAUUGGCUAGGUUUCAAAUGUUCAGCGGUCACGUGUGGGAUCAGAGUAGAUCUCGCAAUUUCAGAAGCACCGUCGGACUGCUUAUUACCCAUUAUACCAACACGCUCGCUGAAGUAAUGUUACAACUCAGAAACAAUCGUGAGAUGCUCGACGAUUUGCUGGUCUCCAUGCUGAUGCGUUGUAAACAUCUAACGAGAUUACAGUACGACGGUAUAAUAAGAAGUCUUGAUACCCUGCGGGACAUCUGUCAGCUUCAAGCUGAAAGCAAGACGCUUUUUCGUACGAUCCACGUGAAGCCACGUAAUGUUAAUGCCCGAAAUCGUGCCAUAUUGAACGACAUAAACUACCAUUACGAUCACAAAAUGAUGGAACAAGGAGUAGAUUUUCGUAUCGAAGAUCCAGCCUCGGUUUUGGUGUUCUAUUAAAAUGUUAAUUUCCCACCUGUCCACCGGUAUCUGUCCCACUCAUAUCUCUGAUUAUUACAGCCAAAAAAUAAAACAAUGCCCUCUAUCUCUCUGCGAUUUAUUCUUUUUGUCCUUUUGAUUCUAUUUUGAUCUUUGGCAUUUAUUUCGAUAGACAUUUGUCGUUUGUUAAAUAUUUUUACAGUACACAGAAUUUCCUUUUCAUUACUAAAUUUACCUUUUAUUAUUAUGUAAAAUAAUAUGUGCUACACUAUUGAAUCUUUCAAUGUCGAAGGAUUAUUAAUUAUUAAAUAAUAACUGAAACAGACAAUCCAAUAAUAAACUUACGCUGUUGUGAAAUCAUUUUUUUCGCUUUAUUAUUGUCGAUACAAAAACAUUGACAGUAUUAUCGGGUGAGUUAAUUUAAUAAUAAAUAUGACAUUGUAAAAUAGUCUGGCAGUAACAAUUUAUAGAAAUAUCUAGAAGCAGUCAAUAAUAAUAAAAAAUUCGUAUUCGCUAGCAUUAUCCCAGAGCUUUUAAUAAACGGGAUUUAGGAAAAAUUGUCUCGCUGUUUGUACAGCAUGAAUGAUCGUAAUCAGCACAUGUAUAAAAAGUAUUUAAAAAAGUGUAUAAAAAAGUACAAGUUUAAAUUGAUGUUAAAUAUAUCACAUAAUUUCAUGAUGGUCUUUUUUUGUACAGCUAAUAAUCGAUGAGUAAGUCGUCGAUUUUUAGUUGGAUUAUAUUCUUAUCGAACAACAGAGAGUAACUAAUAGCUGAAGAAUUUUUAUUGUUUUUUGAUUGAUAAAAAUCGAUUGUUAUAUGAUUGACUUCCGAUCGAUUAAACCAAGUGUUUCUUUUAAGUAAGAAUUCUACGAGUUUUACUAUCGACGAAGAAAAUAUUUUUCUUACAAUCAUCGUAAAAUCGUACCUUGCAUGAUGUUAAUCGAGGACGCAGGAAAAAAUAUGACAAAUCCAUUUUAGCUGAUUUUUAAAUCGUGCUCGGUGGUUGAAAGGAAAUAUAUUUUUCAAACAUUCAGAUAUGCAACAAAAAUACAUAUUUAACACCAAAACAAAAUAAAACGAGAUCUAGUGAUGUGUAAUAUAUCCUUUUGCAGUGCUCUUAAAUUCGAAAAUUGUUCCCCUGUAAAGAAACAAAACAAAAAGGAUCUUUCAUAUUUUUCUCUGUGACCUUCAAUCGAUAUACUUUACAUCCACGAUAUAGCACGAUACUUUUGCUAGUGCAACUAGGUUAAAAACGGCUUGUUACACCUUAAUACUAGUAUCAAGGACGGCUUUAUGGUCGCAGAGAUUCCAAGUAUUUGCUAACUCUGCACAUUAAAAAACACACGUGUAUGUAUCUAUAAAGAAAAGUUUCUAAAAUUUUCUUAAGAGUAGCAUCUCUUAAAAAGAGUAAAAAUUUCUUAAGAAAUACAAAUAUCAUUCGUAUCGUUAUUUUCGUUGUUUCGUGAACAUUUGCCUUCAUAAUUUUUACAUAAAAGAAGAGAACGCAUAUACAUAUACGUAAAUUACAUCGAUAAGAAGAACCUACGAUGAAAGCUGCCUUCUUUAAAAGCGAUCGAUUUCGAUGCUAAUCCGCUUGAGAUGAAUGGUGACUAUAUCCUUAAACGGUGGCCUGAUUUCACGAGAGUUUUCUAAAAGUACCUCAAGGGUCAUAAAUUGCACAAGGGUCUCCCAGUAUUAAACGAUCGAGCUGUGUCAAUCUGCUCGAUGAAUAGAAAUAAGAAACAACGGGAAUACGAUACAUGUCGGCUAUUCUUAUUGACAGAAUGCCUGACACAGUUUCAAAAUUGAAUUUAAUAUUUUAGGGAUCGCAGGUCUGUUUCUUGUACACUUAGACGCUAUCAUAUUGGAUUCUUUUAUUAUUUAUUGUCAUGCACUGAUUUUUAUUUUGUACGAGUUCUUUUAAAGUUCCUUGUGAACUAUGACUUUUCAACAUCUAAUGUAGUUUUUUUCUUUUCUGUCUAAUUAAUACUGCAAUCCCCAUUCGUAUUAUCUUGGAAUUAAAAUAUUUCAAUUUAAGACUGGGUCUAUUAAAAUCGAUUUUGAACAUUUAAAUAUUGUGUGUGGAAAUACGUAUAAUACUUGUAGUAUUUCAAGUAAUACAUAUACUACGAGAAUUUUACCAUCGUUGCAGAUUUAUAUAUAAUUUCGAGUUUAAAAACAAUAUACGAAUACAUUUUCGAUUUUAUGUUUGAACAAUGGCUUUUCUCACGUAAGCUGUUUGAGGAACAUCUCCAAGACUCAAUCUUGAAUAACCGUAACUUCAAAUUGCUGGCAUUUAAACUAUAAAAAAUACCAUCUUUUUAAUAU